AUGUCUAACACACGGGCUAACUUUCAAUCUCGUCUUAACGACCAAGGCCUCUCUCUAUUCCGCCACAACCUGUUUCCAGCGGCCUAUAGAAUCUGGCGUCUCGCACACACACUGCAUGCCACCACAACCUUCGACUCGGACUGGUGCCGAGCACUAGACCUACUCGGUCUCCAACUCAAUUGCCUGGACCGCAAUGCACAAGCGGAACCCUACCUGCGCGCCGCACUUGCAGAAAAAGAACGCACGCUACCACCCGGCAAUUCAAUGAUCAAUGCGAGUGUGAUGAAUCUCGCACGCGUGCUGGGCACGUUACCGGUGGGGAAAUACGAAGAGGCGGAGGCGCUGUGGCGACGAGCUGUGGGGUACUGGAUAGAAAGAGAAGGGGUGAGUGGAGAGAAUGUCAUGCAGUCCUGGGUUGAGCUUGCUGCUGUGUUGUAUAAGCAGGAUCGAGAGGAGAAAGUCAAGGAGGCGGAGAGGCUGGCUAGACGCGUGUUGGGACAUAGAGAGAGGAUAUUAGGAGGGAGGCAUUACCAGACAUUGGAAUGUGUUUGGUUGGUGGGUAGUAUUGUAGAGAAGAAGGGGAGCUAUGAGGAGGCGCUGGGAUGUUAUGAGAGAGCGUAUGAAGGUGCGAGCCAAGUUUUGGGCGAAGGGCAUGCCGAUACGCAGGAUUACUUGUGUGACUUGCUAAGAUUGCGCGAGUAA